AUGCCUGUGCUUCCAAUGGGAAAUACAUCCGGUGCGGAAAAUAGCAAUGUUGGCCAUGCCACUGCUGCCACGCCAGCAACAACUACAGCAUCAGCAACAACUACAACAGGAACAACAUCACAAACACCCACGGCAACGGCUUCGACAUCGUCGAAUUCAAAGUCAAAAUCAAGAGAGCCAGUAACAAUGGUUCCAACGAGCUCUCGAACGCCCAUUACCACGGGUGUGGCGGUCAAUGUGCCCGCAAAUCAUCAUCAUCAUCAUCAUCAUCAUCAUCAUCAUCAUGUUGCUUCGUCAACUACUACAGGAAAUAAUAGUAAUCCAGGUUUGGAAAAUAACGGUGGUCACGUGCACCACGUGACGGGCGGUAAUAAUGGUAGUGGUAGUGGUGUCGUACAGGAUGAUACUCAUCAUACCGGUAACCCGCUAGUGAUGGGAGCCAGCCAUGAAGCAUCGGACCCCACAGGUCGUACCCAGAGCGGCAGCAACAGUGGUGGUGAUGGUGGUGGUGGUGAUGGUAGUGGUGGUACUGGUACAGGUAGUGCUAGCAACAAUAAUCUGCCGUCUCAUUCCGGGAUAUCCAUGCGGGCCCACCAAAAUGUCUUGGCCAUGCCGCAAUACAUGGCGCAAACAGCGUCCCAGCUCAACGCUCAGUUCCCAAUGCACAGUCUCAUGCCCAUUCCAUCUGCAGGCUCGCCGUCUCCACACAACAAUGAGGGCGACCAUGGCCAAACAGACCCAGACGCAGACCCAGAAGCGCAAUUGGUCGGAAAGUCCGGAAAGCCUCUGCGCAACACCAAGCGUGCUGCGCAAAACAGGAAUGCUCAAAAGGCCUUCCGGCAAAGACGAGACCGCUACAUCAAAGAUUUGGAGGUGAAAGCUGAGGAAUUCGACCGUUUGGACGCACAGGUGGCAGCGCUUUCUCAAGAAAACGAUACGUUGAAAAGAUACGUUAUAGAGCUAGAACAACGGCUUAUGGCCACGCACGCUCCAUAG